GUUAUAUCACCACGCUUGCUGCACUGAGAGGUUGCUAUGUAGAUUUGCAGUGGGAUCAUAAGAGGAACAAACAAGUAGACCUUUUUCGUUUUUAGGAAUUCCUUUUAUCGACAGUCAUGGCUUUUGUCACUUUAAUUAGUUUAGAUUAUCAGUAGGGAAGCCUGGAGAUUAAUAGCGCAGCGUUCGUUCACAACAGGAAUCUGACUUGGCAGAGGAUAGUAAUUCAGAGUAGCCGCAGUAAAAGCCAAGAUAUAAUCUCCCAUUCAUUUUAACACCAGGUUCGAGUGCUAGAAGAAAGGACAGUAAACUGCAAAUCUUUGGUAACAGUCUCCUGAACAAAAAUGACGUCCAGUGGAAGUCGCGGACUGCUUGUUGCCGUUGUUCUGCUCAGUGUUCUAUGCGUUGCAUUAAUCAUCGGCCUCAUCGUGAUCGGUGUAGAUCGGUCUGAGCUCAAAGACAAGAUGGCCGCUCAAGGGCUCUAUUCAAACGGGAAAAAUGACUGGCGAGUUACUCCGAGGACGCCUUCCGUUUUCGACACCUUCAGCGAGGCUGAAAUAAGAGAAAUCAAAAACUUCAUGCACAACCAAGCCAGCCUCAAUCUAGUGCCGAUCUCUGAGGCAACUCUAUCAAGCAAUUAUAUUUUCUUGAUUGACCCACUUCUCCCGCCCAAAUAUGACGUCCUCAGUCACCUGAGCGGCGAUCGCCAGGCACCGGAUCGUCGUGCACGUGUGACGGUGUUCAAAGGAGCCAGUACGCCCCCUACAGUAGAGGAGUAUGUGGUGUGGCCGAUACCGAACGUUAACAUGUUUGCCUUGUUAAACAACUCGGCUCAGACCAAGCAAAUCCCGUGGAAUAGCCGGCCAAUGGACCCUGUAGAAAUGACAGCACUGGAGAAAUUUGUUCGGCCUAUCUUGGGAAAACUGCGCCCUCUGCUUGAGCAAAGUUACGGAUAUUGGUACGGCGACGAUUGCGGAGACAAAUGCUUAAGGAUCGCUUACAUCCCAAGGGGUAUCGAGUCUGGGGAUAGGAAGGCUAUUAUUUGGUUCUUCCGCAAUAAUGUUGACGGGUAUUACGUCUGGCCGACGAGUCUGCGCUUGCUCGUAACCUGUGGCACAAACGAUCCCAACCAGUUCGUUCUGGACUCAGUGUACUAUGAAGGAAUCUCUCACCGCACGGCCGAGGAAGUGCUCGAUAUCUAUAUAACGACACGUCAGCGGGAAAUCCGUAAAUACCCUUUUCCCCCAGGAGGCGCCACUCACGGAUCACCGGAAGCACGUGACAAGAAAGAACCCCAGGGAAGCCCUAAAAGACCCCCAAUGCAGGUUGAGCCGGACGGCAGACGUUUCCAAGUCGACGGACAGCAUGUAAAGUACAUGGAUUGGGAGUUCAACUUCCGGCUGCGCACCGUGAAUGGGCUACAACUGAUGGACGUUCGCUUCAGAGGAGAGCGGAUUGCGUAUGAGGUCAGCAUGUCUGACGUGGCCGUUUUGUACUCUGGCGACGCUCCCGAAGGGAUCUUAAUCCAAUACGUUGACGCUGGCUUCUCCCUUGGCGCGCUCCAUUUCCCUGUAGUGAAAGGCUACGACUGCCCUGAUAACGCCGUGUACUUUAACAACACCUUCUUUGACAGUGUUUCCGGAGACGCCAAAACCCACGCGGACGCCCUGUGUCUCUUUGAGCACAACACGGCAUUGCCAGUCCGUCGGCAUCACUCCAUGAACUUCUUCCCUCUCCAGCCGGACCUCGAGGACCCUUACUACUACCGCUUCAGCAUGGCCGGUACUGUUUUGGUUUUACGCGGCAUCGCCACUGUGUGGAACUAUGACUACGUUUUUGACUACGUUUUCCAUCCGAAUGGCGUCAUAGAAACCAAAGUCUCUUCGACUGGCUACAUUCAAGCGUUUACAACUCGCGACGAUUCCAAGUACGGCUUCUACAUUGACAGGGAUUUUGGCAUCACGGGGAACCUUCACCACCAUUUGUUCAACUUUAAAAUCGACUUCGAUAUCGGUGGCCAACGAAAUUUAUUUGAGACGUGGGAUUUGAAGCUUGAUGAGACCCAACGGAACGAACUGAUCCGCGGGCGAAAUGUGGCAAUGAAGCAAAGAUAUAUGGAAAGGAAUUUAAGAAGAACAGAGAGGGAAGCUCUGAUUGAUUACAAUUUUAACGAACCCAAGUAUUACGUGAUGUACAAUGAGAGAACAAACAACUCGAAUGGCUAUCCGCGUGGCUAUCGCAUUUACUCGCCCAACUUCUCCAAGAAGCUCUUCCCAGAUGGGUGGUACUUCGAAAACGGCGUGUCUUGGGCACGCCAUCAGCUCGUGGUCACGCGCUACAAAGAUGACGAGGACACGUCUGCCACCUUGUGGACCCAGGGCGACCCCUAUCGACCUGUCAGAAAGUUUUCCAAUUUUUACGAAGAUAACCAAGCAAUUGUGAAUGAAGAUUUGGUGGUCUGGGCCUGCAUCGGACUUCAUCAUAUCCCGGUCGCGGAGGACGUCCCGGUGACAACCACUCCUGGCAAACAAUUGUCGGUCAUUCUUGCACCUCUAAAUUUCUUUGACGAAGACCCGUCCAUGACGUCACGCGAUGCUGUAGUGCACAGGUACCGCGACGAAAACUAAAGUAGGAAUUCUACAACAGUGACUCUCAAAAACAAACCUCUGAUAUCCUUUUGUUGUUGAACUUUAUUUGAAGUAAGGACGUUUAGAUCAAUAAGAAAUAGAACAUCUUCGCGUACCGUGCACGAACUUUCCCAUGAAUUGCGCAUGCGUCAUUCCUUACUCACGUCUUUUCACGCGAGACUUGGAGAUUAGUGAACAAGUUGUGUGUGAACUGCUUUGUUCUUAAGUAGAUCUAUGCAGAUCCCUUCUCUACAGGACAUUCUGAGGAGCAUCUAAUGACGAUCAUUUCCUGUCCGAGGAUGCACAUGAUGAAUGUCCGUUAAUUUACUUACCGGUGUGAAAAAUGGAAGUCCACUAGUAAUCGUUGUCCGCUUCCCAUUGCUUUGCACAGGUGGUAUUUUUCCCGUAUCCUUAUCCCCAAAAAACUAAUCCGUAACCUGUACUUAUCAUGUGGGAGCCGGUACCUCCGUUCCUAGGACUUCCAUUCCUGUUAUACCGGUACCGCUUUUAUAACAGCAAUAUCUAAUGCAUCGGUUUCUUGUAUUUUACCAGAUUGUUUUGAAUUUAUAUUUUAAUUUUUAGUUUAACUUUAAAGAAAUGAUGAAAUCUCUUUUUUCACUUGGUUUGAAUUAGAGGGUUACGUGUAUAAGAAGGCGUAGUUGAGCAUUGAGAUACAUAAAUAAAAUAAAUAAAUAAAACCACA